AUGAUACUAAGACAGUUCUGCGUCCGGCAUGGACGAACUGUACUCUCUCAGCCAUCCCGGACGUGCCUUCGAUCUGCAUCCAGCAACAAUCAUGUGGACAAUUCCAUGUUCCAGCAGUCGAAUCAAGACCUAAAACGAAGAGACUUCAUACAAGGCCAUCCCGAUGACCCUUCAAGUAUCCUUGACACCACACAGAAACCACCAACAGCAGCGACGAGGCGACUUGACGGUGCAGUCGAAUCAAGUGCAAAUUCCCUGAAGGGUCUACAAUCCGAAGCCAGUGGUCUGUCCCACGCAGAGCGGAUCAUGAAGCUAGACGACCUGACCACCUUGCACCAGCGAGAGAGGCCAUCGACCGAAGUUGAGGGCGAAGACCAACCCACAACUCGCCUUGAUCCCAAAAACCUCAAACCCACCCGGUGGCCACGAGAUCCCGGCUUUGUCGACCACUGGCCUGAGCACGGCAAGAAUCUACACGAGCUGGACAGAUACUUUGCAGGCUACAUGGCACGGAAACACCGGGGCACAGACAACGUGAAUCGUUAUGACCCUGCAAAGAACAUCACAAACCCACCUACACCCGACGAACUCACUCUCCCAAUGCUCCUGGCGAACCAAACACACUUGGGCCACGCUACAUCGCUAUGGAAUCCCGCCAACAGCAGCUACAUCACAGGGGUACGAGACGGCAUACACAUCAUUUCGCUGGACAUCACAUACGCAUACCUGAAACGGGCGGCGAAAGUAGUUGAGCAAGUCGCGAAACGCGGCGGCAUCAUCCUGUUUGUCGGCACACGGGACGGGAUGCGAGAUAUCAUCGUGCGCGCCGCGAAGGAAGCAAAAGGCUACCACAUCUUCGACCGAUGGGUGCCGGGCACACUGACCAACGGCCAACAAAUCCUGGGCCAGUGCGCGGUGCAGGUCGUGGACCGACACGACAAGAAGAUCGACGAGUACGACGACAUGCUGUCGCAGGGGCGCCACCAAGUCGCGCGGCCAGACCUCGUCGUGUGCAUGAACCCGCUGGAGAACGAGGUGCUGCUGCACGAGUGCGGGCUCUUCACGAUCCCGACCAUCGGCGUCAUCGACACGGACGCGAAUCCCGCCUGGGUCACAUACCCCAUCCCCGCCAACGACGACUCGCUGCGCUCUAUCGCGUUGAUCUCGGGGCUGCUCGCUCACGCCGCCAAGGAAGGACAGCGCCAGCGUAUCGAAGCCGCCGAGAGUGGAAAGACUACGUACCAGCCCGAACUCGUCCAGCGCGCGUUGGAGAGAGCUCAGACCCUGGUUGACCUCGACGUGCAGGAGAGCUCGAGUAACGAGCAGAGCAAGGAGGGUGCGACUGCCUAG